AUGCCUUCUUCAACUUCACCAGACCAAGGAAAUGACCUGGAGGCCUGUCUUUUAAGAUUUUCAGACUUGGAUUUGAAAGACACAAGUAUUAUCAAUCCCAGUAGCAGUCUUAAAGCAGAGCUAGAUGUCAAUACAAAGAAGAAAUAUUCAUUUGCGAAGAAAAAGGCAUUUGCCCUUUUUGUCAAAACCAAAGAAGUUUCAGCACCGUCUUAUAAAUGCAAAGAAAAAUGGUGGAAAUGCUGUCAGCAACUCUUCAUGGGCCCCACUAGCAUCCAUAUUCACGUGGCAACACAGCACGCUGAUGAGAUUUGGCACCAGACUGCUUCUGUUCUAAAGCAGCUUGCUGUGGCAUCGAGCACCUCAGAGAGCCUCAAGUCUGCCGGCAAAGGGGACCCCCCGAAAGAGUGCCUUCCUCGAAACCAUGAAGUGUCUGCUUGGCUCCCUGACAUUAGUUGCUUUAGCCCUGAUGAGCUGAUAAGUGGUGAGGGCAGUGAGGAAGGAGAGGUGCUACUUUAUUACUGCUAUCGUGACCUGGAGGAUCCCCACUGGAUCUGUGCCUGGCAGACAGCUCUGUGUCGGCACCUGCACCUCACAGGCAAGGUGCGAAUUGCUACAGAAGGAAUCAACGGGACAGUUGGUGGAAGCAAAUUGGCCACCAGACUCUAUGUGGAAGUCAUGCUUUCCUGUCCAUUGUUUAAGGAUUAUCUGUGUGAGGAGGAUUUUAAGACCAGCAAAGGAGGAGCUUGCUGUUUUCCAGAGUUGCGUGUUGGUGUAUUUGAAGAAAUUGUGCCUAUGGGGAUCAGUCCCAAUAAGAUCUCCUAUAAGAAGCCCGGAAUCCAUUUAUCUCCAGGUGAAUUUCACAAAGAAGUAGAAAAGUUUUUGUCUCAGGCAAACCAAGAACAAAGUGAUACUAUCCUCCUGGACUGCAGAAACUUCUAUGAAAGCAAAAUAGGACGCUUCCAGGGCUGCUUAGCUCCAGACAUCAGAAAAUUCAGUUACUUCCCUAGCUACGUUGACAAAAACCUAGAACUUUUCAGAGAGAAGAGGGUACUGAUGUAUUGCACUGGGGGCAUCCGUUGUGAGCGGGGUUCUGCUUACCUCAAAGCCAAGGGCGUGUGCAAGGAAGUGUUCCAGCUCAAGGGUGGCAUCCACAAGUACCUGGAAGAGUUCCCUGACGGUUUUUACAAAGGGAAAUUGUUUGUUUUCGAUGACCGUUACGCCUUGUCCUACAACAGUGACAUAGUGUCAGAAUGUGCAUACUGUGGAGCCCCAUGGGACCAGUAUAAACUCUGCUCCACUUCCCAGUGCCGCCAGCUCGUCUUGACCUGCCCCGCCUGUCAAGGGCAAGGACUCACAGCCUGUUGUGUCACAUGUCAGGACAAAGGGAGCAGGCCAGCUCCAAGCCCUACCCAGAGCAGCUUUAAAGAGGAGUGUGACUGUACAGCCCGGCGGCCACGCAUACCCAGUGAACUUCCACAGCAGGCGCUCCCCCCCGAGCCCAGAGCCGAGGCCUGA